AUGGAUACUGAUGUAACGAUUCGAGUGGAAGAUAUCACCAUCAAAGCGCAUAAAAAUAUAUUAUGUGCCAGAUCACAAGUGUUUUGCAGCAUGUUCGAACAUUCCACUAUAGAAGCCGCGAAAAAUGAGAUUGAAGUGACGGAUAUUCCAGCUUCUGUUAUGAAAAAACUCGUCAACUACAUAUACUCUGGUGAAAAAGGUUGCCUUCAAUACGAAGACGCGUGUGUGCUUUACUACGCAGCUGACAAGUAUGAGAUUUUGUAUCUUAGGGAAGAUUGUAUGAAAGAUCUCUUAUGCCUACUUGAUGUGAGCAACGCCUGUUCAAUGCUUAGUCUGGCAUACCGCCACAGUGAUGAUGCUUUCAAAGAACAAAUAAUGAACUUCAUUUUUGAGAAUUUUAAUUCUAUUGUUAAUACAGCAGCAUGGAUUGAAUUAACAGAUAAAGAUACAAAACUAACAGCUCUUUUAAUGCGUAAUUGUGCUGGAGCUUUGACUAAGUAG